UUUACGGGUCUUGUAUUAUGGUAAGACAUGUUCUCGUUCCAUCGUGGUGCAUAGAUACAUCCAUGCUUAUCAACGGCAAGUCAGACAACGGAAACGAAGAUUUUCUUUCGGGGACUGAUUUCGUGACGCUCCCACCCGGCAGAUUGUUUCUUAGUAUUUGCAGUGAGAACACUGAGGAAAGACUUGUCUCGUGGAGAGUGAAUGAAAGGAACCCAGAUGAAGAAGAAAACACAUGUCCAACAGACAAAAACUACAAUCACAGACAAGAGAGACAAGAAACGUGAAAAGCAGUUUCAUGUCAGAGAGGACACACACUCAGACUGAAAGAGAAAGUUUUGGAGUUGAAUGACAGAAAGUUGCUGGAGGAGAGGGUAAGGAAACAUCUGAAUGAUCUCUGGAGAUGGCCUCCAACUUCAACGACAUUGUCAAGCAAGGCUAUGUGCGCAUGCGCAGCCGAAAGCUCGGGAUUUACCGCCGUUGCUGGUUAGUUUUUAAGAAAUCGUCUAGCAAAGGACCUCGUCGAUUGGAGAAAUACCCUGAUGAGAAGUCGGCCAACAUCAGAGCCUGUUCUAAGGUGACAGAAAUCAGCAAUGUUAAGAGUGUUACACGGCUUCCUCGGGAUACCAAGCGACAGGCAGUGGCCAUUGUACUAAUUGACGACACCUCACGCACUUUCACUUGUGAAUCAGAACUGGAAGCAGAAGACUGGUUCAAGACACUGUCAAUUGAAUGUCUGGGAACGCGGGUCAAUGACAUCAUCAUGGGAGAACCAGAUCUCCUGGCAGCUGGGAUGCAAUGUGAACACACAGAGCGCUUUAAUGUCUUCCUCCUACCUUGCCCCAACUUGGACAUCUAUGGAGAAUGUAUGAUGCAGAUCACUCAUGAGAACAUUUACCUUUGGGACAUUCACAACCCCCGCACCAAGCUGGUCACCUGGCCACUCAGGUCCUUGCGUCGCUAUGGACGUGACGCCACUUGCUUCACCUUUGAGGCAGGAGGGUGUGACAGCAGAGAAGGUCUCUACACUUUCCAGACCAAAGAAGGAGAACAGAUCUAUCAAAUGGUUCACUCUUCCACGGUAGCAAUUGCUGAGCAACACAAGAAGGUUCUGCUGGAGAUGGAGAGAAAAAGCAGAUUGAUGUUUCGAGGUUCAGAAUCAAACUCCUACCCAUCGACCCCGACUACCAUACUGCCCAGAUCGGCAUACUGGCACCAUAUCACUGGAACUCACGUUGACAUGGACUCUGUAGGCGGUAACGCCUCAGAAGAGCUGCUGCUGUCAGCUUGUCUUCCAACGGAACGCUACGCAUCUCUGCCACUUGAAAAUAUGCAUGCACAGUCCCAGCCACAUAUACGCGCACAUUUUACGACACUUUGCACUUUCCCUGGACAGUAACACAUUAGGAUUCAAUAAGGUUGAUCGUCAAUUCUGGGUCAAGAAUAAGACUACACUUUUAAGAAAGAUGCCUAAAGUAUUAAUAAUUAAAUUAACCCUGUAAACACUGCUAAUAUUCAUAAAAUUUGAAUAAAUAGGAGUGUAAAGAUAUGGUGUAUUUUACAAUGCAGAACUUUCAUUUUGGUACGAAAAUGUACUGAUUUCCCACAUAGCACACAUUAAGUGAGGAACAGGAAGUGUUUAUGGCAUCACACGGUCUCUGUAAAAAAAUACAAUGUAGUGUUUGGCUAGUGCAGUGUUUCUCAAAUAGUGGGUCGGGAUUUGGGAUGGAACGGUUUAUGAAAAAAACCCUAACUGUUCAGUUCACCUGACUCGGCUUGGACCACAUGUGUUGUUCGGGUCAUAUGCAUAUGUGGGGAGAAGAAGAAGCAGAAAAGCUGUGGCAAAAUGUAUAUGGUAGACAUAGCAAAGUGAAAAAAUAACAUACAGAUAUAGAGGAUGCACCUGUAGCCUAAUCCAGGGUUUCCCCAUUGUGUAAGUGAUCUCUUUUUUACUUUUAUUGCCAAUCUUAUGCUACCAACACGCCCAAUUGCAGCACACAUUCCCUCCAGAGGACACACGUCCAUCUCCGUGCUUCACCCCCAGGCAGACAAACACUUCCUCAUUCUUUGCCUAUCCCCUUUCAGGCAUGAUAUGUUCACAAUCAUUGGAACUCCUUACAUCAGUAACACAUGAACAAAAGCAUUAACAACAUCUGGUCGUUAAAGUAUAAAUAGCUGUGACUAUAUGAAUUAAAAAAUGAAAAUAUAGCCUAUUUGUGCAGUAUUGACUAGUGAUGCACCGAAAAUUUGGCCGCCGAAAAAAGACUUCAAUCACCGAAUGUUGUGAUGACGUAAGCAAUACACACGGGAUAGUCUGGAGCUGCAUGUCUGCGAUGUUGAUGUAAUUUAGUAUAGCCAAAAUAUACCUGUGGACAGUGAUCAACAGAAUGUGCAAAUAUUAAG